UCAAGUUCGGUUGAAAUUCGCCAUGUUCAAGCUCAUACUCCAGUUUCUUACUACCUCUGUAAACCGGACAGAUGUGUACAGUUGUUCCCCCUGGCAUGGAAAGCAUAUGUGGAGUGGUCGUAUAACGCGCUUUAAAUCUUUUGUAUUUUCUUAACUUCACUUCCGGGUUGGACAUCCCGAUUGGACCGCGGCGCUGAAGUGUGGUUGCCAUGGAGUCAUUUGGCAGGCAGGAGUUCUUGUGGUUUCUUGCUGAGGGUUGUGUUGUGCCUACAGCUUGGCAAGGCCUGGAACAGGUGUGGCAGCUGCUGCUUGUCUGCUGCCUCUGCCGCAUCAUCUGCAGACUGGGCUUGUCCUUUCACGUGAAGCAUCUGAGUUCAUUGGCCAGUGGCCUUUAUGUGCUCUAUGUGUUCUUUGAGCUAAACAUGAUAUGGGUGAUCACACUCAGCCUCGUCUGCUACCUCAUUCUCUUCCUCUGCCGAAGGUCCAGCAACCGUGGAGUUUUCCUUUCCAUGGCUAUCCUUAUCUACAUGCUCAUGGGAGAGCUGCAUAUGAUAGAUGCGGAAACUUGGCAUAAGAUGAGGGGCUCUCAGAUGGUGGUGGCCAUGAAGGCCAUUUCUCUGGCGUUUGACCUUGACAGAGGGGUGGUGUCCUCCUUUCCUUCAAUGCUCGAUUUCCUAGGGUACAUAUGCUUUGCAGGAACAGUCAUCUUUGGCCCAUGGAUUAGCUUCAGCAGUUACAGAGAUGCUGUGUGUGGCCGUAAAAUGAGUGCUGCCUGGUUUGCAAAACUUGCUUUAAGCUUUAUGAAGAGUCAAAUAUGUCUCGUCAUCUCCACCUGCAUCGCUCCGUAUCUCUUUCCUUACUUCAUUCCCAUAUAUGUGGAUGGACUACCUCAUAGAUGGCUUCAUGCCUAUGAAAACGCCAUGUCCUUCCACUUCAGUAACUACUUUGUUAGCUAUCUGAGUGAAACAACCAUGGUUAUGGCUGGGGCUGGAUUUUCUGAGCAUAAAGACAACAUCAAAUGGGAUAUUACAGUGGCAAAGCCUCUCAAUGUUGAAUUGCCUAGAUCUAUGGUGGAAGUGGUGACAUCUUGGAAUUUGCCUAUGUCCCUUUGGCUGAACAAAUAUGUCUUCAAAAGUGCAUUGAAGCUUGGUACUUUUCCUGCCAUUUUGGUGACGUACACUGCUAGUGCUCUAUUACAUGGCCUCAGCUUUCAUCUAGGAGCAGUGCUUUUGUCUCUGGGAUUUAUCACAUAUGUGGAGCAUGUUCUUAGAAAGAGACUCGCAGCCAUUUUCAGUGCCUGUAUACUGUCAAAGCGCUGUCUAAAUGACUGCCAGCAUCGGAACAAAAAGAAUGUGUGGGUGUAUGGGAUUAAUCUGUUCUUCAGCACAUUGUCCAUCUUUCACCUGACAUAUCUGGGCUCACUCUUUGAUCUGGAUGCUGAGGAUGAAAAGGGAUACUUGGCUAGUCACACUAUUCAAACAUGGUCAGAGCUAAACUGGGCCAGUCACUGGGUGAUGCUCGGCUGUUGGGUCUUCUAUUGGCUCAUUUAAAGCAAUGUAGGGAAAUAUGGAACAUCACUACAGGAUUUUUUUGUUUACUUCUCUUGAGACGCAGAGGUGCCAUGCAAUUUGCUGUCCUUUUUGCUUUUGUGAUUUAUUCUCAUUAUGUAAAAUUUUCUAUGUAAUGUAUAUUUUAGACAUAUUACAUAAUCUAGUUUUUGUUACAACAGUUUAUAUUUUACCUAAAAAUAGCUUAGUGUUGUGUAAAGAUAUUUAUUCUUUUCUAAUAAAACAUGAUGGCUGACCUAA